CGCCUCGGCUCUCGCGAGAUCUGGUUUCCUGUCGGGGCCGGGCAAGGCGCCUCCCUCCUCGGCCCCGCCAUUUUGUUUUUCAGGGCCCCUGGCAAGGGUAAGGGAGACAGGCCCCGCGCCAUCGAAAGCCGGCCGUCUCCGUCCUCGCUGCCAUGUUUGCCGUGGCCAGGGGAGCUCUGAGCCGCCUGACGGCUCGCAGCAUUCAGCAAACGGCCGCGAGGCAGAUCCACCGGAAACGGGAACCAGAUUUUCACGAUAAAUAUGGUACUGUUAUCUUGCUUGGAGGAGCGAUAUUCUGUGCUUCCGCGUGGGGAUAUACGGUAACGCAGAUUGGAAUCGAAUGGAAUCUGUCCCCUGUUGGCAGAGUCACCCCCAAAGAAUGGAGAAAUCAGUAAAGGAUAAAGGAUUCCUCCUCACGACCGCCGACACAGUUGGGAACUGUUUUGAACGCUUAGGCCAAGCGAAGGCCCCUAGUCGCCCUUGGUUGGGAUGGCGCUCCUGAUGUAAUAAAGUACACUGGAAACCUUUCA